GGGCGGCCUCGUUUUCUUCGGCCGUCUGGAGUCCAUUGCAGGGCGACUCUGGAGAGGUCUGCUGUCUGCUGGCGGAGCACAUGUCCAAUCCAUCGUCGGGAGAGAAGGCGAGGGUUCGCAACGUCCUUUCUAAGUUCCGGUGAAGAGAACCAUCCAGCGACAGAGAGAAAGUUUAGAGGACGUUUACCGUUCAAGACGGUGGCAGCUAAUAGUUCCAAGUGGAAAGGCCCUGGAAGUACACUAUUGUUAUUCAACACUUUGUCCUUCUACUUGUGAACUAAUAACUAUAGUUAUGUCGUUACGAGACUUCGUUUAUAUAGCUCAUAUGCUUUCGACAGCCUAGCCAGACGAAUUCAGAACAUUGCUCGUUUCCUGGACAUUUCAACAGCGCAGACAUCGCUCAGCUCUUUUGACAUCUACAACGAUGGACAAAAUCCUUUUGGCGCUUUUCCUGCAAAUUGUUACUGCUUCACCGGAAGACGGAAACAUCACAUGUACUAUUCCGCCAGUAGAAAUGUCCCAGGAUGCGGUCUUGACAUGUAACUUUCCAGAAGACCUGAACGUGACCAAGAAAGACUUUGCAAUAUACCACUACCUUCACAAUAAUAGAGAUGAUAUUGUCGAUUGCUGGUGCCUUAGGGGUGAAAUGACCUGCUCUGCAAAACCGGAUAUCGUGUAUCAAACAAGAGUCAACAGAUCCUUCACUAUUUCAAUUCUCAAUGUGUCGUCAGCUCACACAGGACAAUAUGCUUGUCAGGUGGCUAACUACGACCCAACGUUAAUUCGAACCUGUCACCUUCAAAUUAAGUUUGAUGCAAUAGAGGAUCAUGGGAAUAUUUUAGCUGUCGUAGUGCCAGUAGUUUUGGUGGGGAUUGUUCUUUUGGCAAUUCUGGUCAUCGUUGUGAUGCUGAAACGUAGAAGGCGAUGCAGAUGCAAGAGGGAAGAUGGGACUCAAAGCCAAGAAGACCAACCAAUGAUUGCCACAAAUGACAAAAGUGUUACAGUGGAGUUUCAAGAAUUUCUGUUAAAGAAAGUCAGAGAAAUGUUCCCAGACAUGCUUAAUGCUUGCUACUUUGUGCCUCCAAUCUACUUCAACAAAAUUCGAUACAAAACAGAAACUGUCGCCGGUCAGGUUGUUUACAUUCCUGAUCCUCCUGACCCCAGUGAUGUACUAUACAACCAAGUCAUGCAAAAAGUUUUGCUUUGCUUGCGUCGCAUCGUGAAAACUAAACAUGAACGAAUGUUUGUUCUCACAAAUUUUAACUACGACGACUACUUGAACAACCCUGACCAUAGUUUUAUAAAACAUGGCCUGCCUGUACCUGCUGAUCUGAAAAAACAGAAAGGAGACAACGAGAUCGGUUGUUUUGAUUUUCUGAUCAUCCAUCGGCAGUAUGGGGUGGUGGUUGGGGUGGUAAAGACUGUUAGUGACAAGCAUGACGGAAGUGAGGAUACAAAGAAGAAAAUUGAUCACCUGGUGGUCACAGAGGUGUCUGAAGCUGUUCUACAACUGACAAAGGCAGUUCGUAUGAUAAAACAUCUCAUCUCAGACCAGAAUCCCUCUCUAAAAGUUCGACAGACCUUACUUUUACCCAACGCCGAGAGUUCGACGCUAAAUCGAGUUCUUCACAAUCACCCUGACCUGACUCAGAAGCUGCGCAAGUGCUUUCAAACCGAAGACGUCCCAGUUCACCUAUGCCUAUGUGGCGACACUCGUCUAAUCACCUGGUGGGAGAGCUUGAUGAAUAAGUCUUCAGAUGACUUUAUUAUGAAAGAUGAUCUGUAUGAAGGCUUGAUAGCAAGAUUCUGUGGGCCUGCUACUACAUCUGCUGUAGACAUUCCAAGAACACCCGAUUCCCUUCCAUUGCCCAAGACUCUGGACCAAACCGUGUCCGUGAUAGGAGACUUUUUUGAUCGUUGUACGCUGUGCCCGGGUAUGACAGAACUUCUUCAAGAGCGUCGGGUGUUUCUUUCAGGACCACCAGGCACCGGAAAAACCAGGCUACUGGGUCUUGUGGGACGAAAAUGGUUAUCUGAAGGUCAUGUGGUGCAAAUAGUUAACACUUCAACUGAACUUACUUCUGCAACACUACAACUAGUAAAGAUUCUGCAGGAGGCACAAUCAUCAGACAUUUCACCGAACGAAAUGGUUGUCAGCUUAUAUUGUAACACAAAGAGGAGAAAGGAUAUCCGUGACCUGAUUACCAACCUAAAAGCAACUGCAGGCGAAAAAUAUGUUUGUGUACUUGUUGAUGACCGGGAGGUUAAUGCGGAGAAGUCACAGCGAAUUCAGGAGUUUUUUGAAAGCCUACUUGAGGACUUGCCUGAUAUCAAUUGCUGGGCAAGCAGCUGCAGCACUGAUAACGCGCCAGAAGGUUGGCGGUCAGAGGUUCUCACCAUACCUAUAAGCUGUCCACCAGCAGUACUACGAGAGGCGAUGAAAGAAAAACGUAUUCCCGGCGUACCACCCUAUUCAGAGAUCAAGUUUACACCACCUACUGAAGGCAUGCCUGUGAUAAGCAUUCCUCACGAGCUUUGUCCAUCUAGCAGGCACAUUGAUUAUAAAAUGUGUGGAAAAGAAAUCCUGAAAUUUUUAUCACAAGUUCUUCGCAUUUCUGGCAUCGGCGCAAAUCCUGGGACGAUGGACACGCUUGCCUUGGAACAUCAAAGACAAUACAGACAACCAGCAGCUCUCCAGUACAGAGAUAUUUUAAUGUUGUUUGAAGAUGAUGCCACACAGUUUAUGCCUGUGGUUACUGCUUUUAAAGAAUCAGGAAUCCCUGUGCAGAUUAUUGACUACAAGAACCAAGAGGAUGUGUUAAAUAGUAAUGUUGUAGUUGCCGCAAACGCCGGUUUCUUGUGUGGAAUUAAAAGAAAAGUGGUUAUUUAUGUUCAAGGAAAUACAGAACCAUCAGACCUCUCUGUGAGCUGGAACAAACUGCGCAGCAUAACCAGCUGUACAUCACAACUAGUGUUGGUUUUCGAUCCUUUCAAAAACAUGGUGAAUACAGUUGCAGAAGUAGCAAAAAACAUUUUUACAAAUAUGCUUAGCGCAUUUGAGGCUUCUGUUACAAACACAAGGCCAUGAAAACUAGAUGGACUACCAGAUAUGGAUUGCAAAGGAACUUUGCUUUCUUUCGUCGCUUUUGAUUAGCCUGGUGCUCCUAAGGGAGUCCUGUUGUGCCGAGUUAAAUGUCCAAAUGGGAAGUCGACUGUGUACAUAGCCAUUGAUGUCGUCUUGUCGAAUGUAAAGUAGGAGAGAUUACUACAAACUCUUUGUAUGGAAUGCACGCAUUUUUCUCUAAUUCAUAAAUCAAUCUGAAAGCUAUGAUUGACAUGUGGAUACUUGAUGUUGUCAAAUCACCUUGUUUUUCACACCUUUUUUCCAAUCUGGACAUUUAAGGGUAAAAGGUAAUCACACUUAUUCACCCUAACUGUCAAACGAGUGUGUAUAGCAUUAGCUAUAGUGACAAGUUCUAUUUAGCCAUUGUUGUAAUUCUUCUGCAGAUUUUUUAUUGUAACUGCAAACGAUGAAGAUUUAGCGUUCAUCCCGCAGCAGAUCUCUUUGAACUGCUGUUGGCUCAUGCAAAUCAGUGUUUUGCUUUAAAUGUACAUGUUAAUCAAAACCUCUCAGUACUCGUCUUAAUUUUCUAUGCUCUUAAUCAGCAAAUUUCAUUUUCUCUUCAUCAGAUCAAAAGUGUUUUCCCUUCAAUUUGCUUGUAACCUGGUAGCAUUCAUCUUUUUUUGUAAGAUGAAUGAGAGUAAUAGUAGGUGACAGCGUCUGGCAUUCUUUGUAAGUAGAACUGAUUUCCGUCAACUGCCAUUGUGAUAAGUUAGAUGCAAGUAGAUAUGUCAUUUAGAAAGUCAUCGUAAAUACAGGACGAAUUAGUAAUUUGUUGCUCAAGAAGGGUAUUUGCUUUUGUAACUAAAAUAUUAAUCUUAAUAUUUAUCAUAAUGGUAGUAAUAUGUAAUAUUAAUAACCAUAACACUGCUCAUAGAAGGACGUGCUGAUUUUGUUUCAAAAAGACAUUGCAGAAGAUGUACCUAUGAUGACAAGUCUCAAAGACAAAGGAAUUCCAAUGAAGAUCAUCAGCUGUUGAGAUGAGAGGACUACUUUCAGGCAUAACACUAACACUGUUUUGGUUGUCAAAGCAAGUUUUCUGAACGGACUGAAAAGAAAGGUUGUGUAAGUUGAGGGAGACAUAAAUAGAUGGAGAAAAAAAUCUCAAUCCACGUGAAUAAAUUAAAGUUGUUCUGUUUGUAUCUAUAAGCUAUAAGUGGCAACAGUUGUAAACACAAAAUAAAGUAUCUGACACUUUGUAUCGUGUCUGUUGAGGAGAUAGAGAAAAACCAAAUGAGAAUGACACAGAUAACGAUGAACCUAUGCUCAAGCCAGGACGCUAAGAAGCUAAUAUUUUUGUUUUACAGAUAAAGUUAUUUUUAAAAAAUCAAUAUAAUCAAAUGAUUAAACAUAUACAAUUAAAUAAAUCCAUGUGUGUAUAAAUAGUUAUUACCAGUCACACAGUUUGAAGUUAUAUAAAAUGUCGCUACCUGGAAACUAUUGCCACAGGUCACCUGUGUCUACCAACAUAUUACAUGUAUCUGGUCUUGUGUGUUAGAGGGGAAGGGGAGAACAGAUGAUAGAUAAUUAUAAAAACUAUUAUAAUAUCUCAUACUAAUUACUACACUAUUACUACUUCUUCUACUACUGCUAUACUACUACUUCUUCUUAUCAUCAUCAUCAUCAUUCUUAGAAAAUUUAUAUAGUGCUAUUUUUUUGCAAUACAAAUUUUCUACUGGAAGCCUGCGGUGGAUGUUUGAAGAUGUCGAUGAAAUAUAAACAAGGAUGAAAGA